AUUCCGUCGAGUACGCGCAAUGGUUCCCUACAUUCGCGACUAAACAGUGCUGGACGGCGGCAGGAGAGCGGAGUUUCGCUGAACGGUGUUCCGCGCCAUUUUGCCUGCGAGUUCCCGAGUCGAGUCGGUCGUGAAAAUCUGCUUCGGAACUAACCGCGGCUGAUCUGAUUCCGCUUGGAGCAGGGCGCAGAUUAGACUAGAACCAUGUCGAGUGGCAGUGGGGAUCACGAUGAGGAGGGCUACGUCGUGAAGAUGCGUGGAUUACCGUGGUCCACUACCGUCGACGAGAUCAUGAAGUUCUUCGGCGACUGCGCCAUCUCCAACGGCAAGAACGGCGUGCACAUGACCAUGUCGCGCGAGGGACGCCCAAGCGGCGAGGCUUACGUGGAGAUGGACACUCCGGAGGACAUUGAGAAGGCUUGCAAGAGGGACAGGGAUCACAUGGGCCAUCGCUACAUCGAAGUCUUUAAAGCGAAACGCGGGGAGAUGGAGUGGGUCGUGAAGAGGAGCGGCCUGAAUUUAGAGAACGCGAUGGACGACGGUUGCGUGAGAUUGCGCGGUCUGCCGUUCGGUUGCUCGAAAGAGGAGAUAGCGCAGUUCUUCUCAGGGUUGGAGAUUUUGCCGAACGGGAUUUCACUACCAACAGACUACACGGGUCGGAGUACUGGGGAGGCUUACGUUCAAUUUGUUAACAAAGAUGUUGCGGAGCGCGCUCUGCAGAAACACAAGGAAAAGAUAGGACACAGAUACAUCGAGAUCUUCCGAAGCAGCUUGUCCGAGGUGCGCGCCAGCAUCGGGCCGAAAAUGCGCGGCGGACCUAUGGGCGGCUUUAAUCAGCGGCCCGCGCCUUACACGCGCGGUGAUCGCUUCGGCGGGAUGAACCGCUUCAAUAAUAACGGCAGAGGUUCCAGAAACAGAGGUGAUUCUUUUCAUCAUCUAUCAGAGGACGCUUAUCGCAGGCGAAUCAAAAACUUCGACAACGGCCCGUGGGCGAGCGGCAAUAACUACGGAUCCCGUGGCGGCAACAUGGGGAUGCGCGGCGGCAUGGACAUGAAAGGCGGCAAUUAUCGAGGCAGCGGUGACUCCUGGGGCGGCAAUUCCGGCGUGCACAGCAUCCACAUGCGCGGACUGCCGUUCAAAGCGACCGAGCAAGAUAUAGCUGACUUUUUCAGACCGAUCGACCCGGUGAACGUCCGCAUCAUCCUCGAGAACGGCGGUCGUCCGUCGGGCGAGGCCGACGUCGAGUUCGCCAGCCACGAGGAAGCCGUGAAAGCGAUGUGCAAGGACAAGAGCCACAUGUCGCACCGAUACAUCGAGCUGUUCCUGAACUCGACCGGCGGAUCGAGCGGCAUGUCCCUGAGCGGCAUCGGCAACUUUUGCGGAGGCUUGGGUAACAACUUUAGGCCGGGGUACUCGCCGAACAACAGGGGCUUCAACUCGCAACUCGGCGGCAACAAUUACAACAGCUUUUGAGACCGGCCGGCGCGUCGUUUCUAACUCCGAGCGGGGCGGCCCGUGAAAAAAAGCGAGGAAUCAAACUGAUCGCUAGUGGAAUCGUCGCAUCCGCGAGAUCCUAUUCGCACGCAAUACCAGUCGAUUAGUUUUCGUUUUUUUCCUUUUCUCUCAUAGUUUCCAAUUGUACCUUAGGUAUCGUAAGUCAAAUCGUUAGUGCGUAAGUCUCUCCUAUUCAGUUUCUUAUAUUGGUAAUUAAUUAAUUACAUGUAGGAUAUACACGUAGCGUAAUUAGACUGUGAAUGGAGGCGUACCUCAGAAGGGAAGGGAAGGGAAGGGACGGCGGCUCGCGCCUUAUUUUCUAACACCCCAGCUCUCGCUUCGGACGAAGCGUCCCGAGAGGGUUUUUUUAUCAGCAAAAACACUCGUCAAAAAAAAAGAUGCAAUUUCGUUUUCGCGAUAUUAGACGCGAGACUGCUUGUUUUCUCCACGAUACGCUUGUACCCGCACACGUACGAUGUAUCUCCGCUCCGACGUCGCGUCGGACGGUCGUAACGAUGAUUUUAUAUGAUAGGUAGAUUACGUAGACGCGUAAGUGCAAAGGAAGUGCGUAUAAAACUUCUUGUGGACGACCGAGAGACGUCGAGGAACGCCUGCACUCGCAUCUCUUUCCGGCGUUGAUACGCGAUGAUCGUAUCGUAUGCGAUUCUCUUCUCGCUGUGAGAGCACGCGCGCAUAAGAAAGUGUAGCUACCAAGUGUCGAUGUUCCGUACACGUUAGCCGUUCGAGCGCCGCUCGAACAGGUGGAGCACUCGUGCGGGAGAGAAGUACGCGAAAAGUGCCGAGCAAGUGCCAGAACACGGGGAUCAAGCGCUUCAGUCGAGUCGCGCUCGAUUUCCAUCCACCGCGACCGAGUCGGAGUUAGUUACCGAUCGAUAGUCGAAUUUACGCUUUACUUCCCUCUUGAUUGGCUUGAUUGAUCGAGAGGCAUUUUUCGCUGACGUUAUUCAGAUUCACGAAGGCGAGGCGGCGCCUCCGAACGCUCUCGAACGGCUGAAACGUGAGUUCAGCUUCGGUUUAUAUUCUCUGAGAUAUUUGAAUAAAAAAAACAAUGUGAAAUGACAGAGGGAUGGAGGGGAGAUGCAUUGCACUUUUACGUAUGUACUUUCUUGUCUGGUGGAACCAGACUUCGUACUUUGGAUUCGGUGAAUCUAGAGACUGAGGACGAUUCAAUCUAGAUCGACUCCAUAAUCCUCCAUAAAAAGGAAUAUCCUGAAGUCCAAGGAGGUCCACGAGAACCAAUACACGUUCCAAAUUCAUUUUACCCACGGUCUUACAUACAGGUCUGGAAACUGCCUCUAAUUUCAGUGGCGGGAGUAUGGCCGCUUUUUGAAGACACAUUUAGUUUCUAGCACAACCACUACUCGUCGCUGUCAUCGAUGUCCGCAGAUAAAUAUAACCUGAAAAACCGGAGAUAAG